AUUGGAGCGGGCGGGCAGUUGGGAGCUGCAGCCAUGGUGGAGGGGCCCGGCUGCACCCUGCACGGGGAGCAGCUCCGGGCUCGCGUGCGCCGCGGGCAGGCUGUGCGGGGCGUGCGGGGCAGUGCCGUGCUGCCUGGAGCCGCCGCCCGCCCGGGGAAUGCUCUUACUGUGAUCAGGGCCUCCUGUCAAGAUUUCCUAACAUUGCUUAAUGGAUGUUUGUACACUGGUGUGGAAACUUUGGGAAAAGAACUUUUUAUGUACUUUGGUCAGAAAGCAUUGAGGGUUCACUUCGGCAUGAAUGGUUCCAUGCAUAUUAAUCCUGUUGCAAGCAAAAACAAGAAUGAAAUAUCACCAGUUCUGGAAAUACAGCUUACUGAUGAUUUGGUUUGUUUUUUUGAUGCUACAGUAGAGAUUAGGAAUGCAGUUGAAAGUGAGCAGAAAGUAAGAAUGAUGGAAAGCCUGGAUGUAUGCUCUCCAAAAUUUAGUUUCUUGAGAGCAAAAAGUGAGAUUAAGCAGCAGACAGUCCGCAUGUUAUGUGAUGUGUUAUUGGAUCAAGCAGUGUUACCUGGUGUGGGAAAUAUCAUAAAAAAUGAAGCUCUCUUUGACAGUGGUCUCCAUCCAGCUAUUAAAGUUUGUCAGCUGACAGAUGAACAGAUACACCACCUGGUGAAAAUGACCCGUGAUUUUACUCUUCUUUUUUAUAAGUGCCGCAAGACUGGAUCUGCACUCUAUAAACAUUACAAGGUAUACAAACGUCCAAACUGUGGCCAAUGCAAUGGAAAGAUCACUGUUUGCCGUCUAGGAGAGAAUAACAGGAUGACAUACUUCUGUCCUCAGUGUCAGAAGGACAGGCCUCAGCUUGUUGACGUAAACAAACUGCCAACUAGAAAUAGCCUAAUUGGCUGGGCAUAUGGCAGGGGGUCAUGUUCUAAUGAACAUGUAGCUCAGAAAUCUGAAGAAGAGUGGACGUGUAUGCUCUGUACUCUAAUAAACAAGCCUUCUGCUAAGUUCUGUGAUGCCUGUUUGACUUCAAGGCCUGAAGUUCCAAAGGUAGAGAAUGAGGAAGAGUCAACCACUUUUAACAGCAGCCUAGUCAAGUACCCUUGUAACAGCUUUGGAAAACCAGCCACAGAAAUAAAGGUCAACAGGAGAACAGCAUUUGGAACCACAACUCUUAUUUUGACAGACCUUGGUAGUAAAUUCAGUCUCUUAAAAAAUGAAAGACGUGAGAAUAAGACGCCAGAUGGGAGUUCUCCGAUUAGUGAUGAUAAUGGUCGGUCACUGAAUAACACUUCUAAGUGGAGUGGAAGCAAAUACAAAUAUUAUUCAGCCAACUCACCUGUAGGAAAUACAUCUUCACCUUCCCAUCAGCAGUCUAACUUUUCUAAUCCUAUACAGCAGAAAGAGAAAACAGAUCAGUCAUCUCCAAACUUACAAAGUAGUUGGAGUUUAUCAAGCAGUGAACCUGGAGUUAACAUGACAGAUGGUACUUGUACAUCAAAUGCAGGCUAUCCUCGCUGCAGUAAACACAACCGCCUCUGCAGUCUCAGAGUUGUGAGAAAGGACGGAGAAAACAAGGGCAGGCAAUUUUAUACUUGUCCUCUACCCAAAGGAAUCCAGUGUGACUAUUUUGAAUGGGCAGACUUACAUUUUCCAUUCUGCAAUCAUGGAAAACGCUGCAUUAUGAGGACAGUGUUGAAGAUUGGUCCUAAUAAUGGAAAGAAUUUUUUUGUAUGCCCAUUUGGAAGAGAUAAACAGUGUGACUUCUUUCAGUGGGCAGAAAAUGGGCCAGGAGUGAAGAUUAUACCAGGAUGUUGAGAGAUUAAUUUUCAGAUAGUAUAGAUUAAUCUGUUCAAAUUUACAUUUACUAUAGUUCUGUGCUCCAAAGUGUAUUAUUUUAGGAGACUUGAUAAAAACAAAUCUGCCUGUAUUAUAACUUUUAGACUUUUCUCUCUUAAUCCCUACCUAGUGCUGUUCUUUGUUUUCUGUUCACUACUGGUUAAUAGUUCUGGCUGUUUUAUCUAACAAUAGCACCUUUCAGAAUGUGCAAUUAGCAUAUCUGGCCUUCUGAAAAUUAAACAGUGGUAAUAUUAGCAUACCAGUUUCCUAGGAGAAGAUCCACUUUUGAGGGGAUGGAAAAGGCUCAUGCUUGCUCGCUCGCUCUCUCUCUCGUUAAGGUGUUGCUGUCACUUGCAGCUCAUGUUCUAUUAUAAUAUACUGUCAGUGCAGUAUGUCUGCUUUUGAUGGUGUGUCUAUAUCCUUUGUGUAGGUAUCAGUUUAGUCUGUCAACACUAGAGAACUUCAAAUAUUUGUUGUAGAUAUGAUUUAUGGAAAGUAUAAUAUAUUUAAAAGCAUUUAAAAUGGAUAAUUUUAAUAAGAUUGUCACUGUUUUUACCACAGAAGGUGAAAUAUAUUCAAUAAAAAUACUUCAUUUUA